GUUUUCUUCUCUAUAUAUAUCCACUUCAAUGGCCUGUCAAAACAUCAAACACUAAAAAGAACAACUAAGAGGAGAAACAUAUAUAGAGUUCCAUAAACAGAAUGAAAAUGUUUUCCUACAAAGCUUCUUUUCUUUUGUUGGUUAUUCUUGUUUUAACAAGUUUUGUGUAUUCUGAAGCACAACAAUGUCGUCCAAGUGGUAGAAUCAAAGGAAAGAAAGCUCCUCAAGGACAAUGUAACAAAGAGAAUGAUUCUGAUUGCUGCAAAAAUGGAAAAAUGUACACAACUUACGAAUGUUCUCCAUCAGUAUCUAGUCAUACCAAAGCAUAUCUCACUCUUAACAGUUUUCAAAAAGGUGGAGAUGGAGGCGGUCCAUCAGAAUGUGACAACAAGUAUCAUUCAGACGACACUCCAGUGGUUGCACUUUCCACCGGAUGGUUCAACAAUAAGAGUAGAUGCCUCAACAACAUUACUAUAACUGCUAAUGGUAGAAGCGUGGUGGCCAUGGUCGUUGAUGAGUGUGACUCCACAAUGGGAUGUGAUGAAGACCAUGAUUACCAACCUCCUUGUCAGAACAACAUUGUUGAUGCUUCUAAAGCAGUAUGGAAAGCCUUAAAUGUUCCUCAUGAACAAUGGGGUGGUCUUGACAUUACAUGGUCACAAAAUGCUUGAUAUUAUAUUGUAGAACUUCAGUGUUUAUAUGUUUGUGUUUCUAUCUUCUUAUUAAGUGAUGUUGUGAGCUUUUCUUUUCAUCAUACUUGUAUUUUGUAUAUGUUGUGACUUGUGACCAUUGUAGAUUAUGAAAAUGCAAUGCAUAUUUUAUUUAAAAACUCUCA